GCACAGCGGCCGCCUCGGGCCGGACUCGCACAUCCUGCGAGCGCUCGGGGCGCGGCGGUACCGCCUGGUCGGACCGAACCGAACCCCUUCCAUCGCUCCAUCUCCCGUCCCUCCCCGCUCGCCCUCCUCUCUCCCCGCCUCCCUCGGCCGGUCUCCGCCUCCCUCUCCGUGCUCGCGGAGCCCGUCGGGCCGUGUCCCUCGGCGGGCGCCGUCGCUGCGGGCGCGCCGCGAUGUCGCUGUGGCCGCGCUGGGGCCGCGGCGCGGAGCGCAGGGCGGCCGAGCGGCGGGAGCUGGAGGCGCGCAGCCGGCAGCAGUGGGAGAGCACCAGCCGCGCCUUCGCCCGCGCCGCCGUCUGCUGCUCGCUGCAGGCGCGGUGGAGCGAGCCCCGCGUCCCCCCGCGCAGCGCGGCGGCGGCGCGGCGGGACGCGGAGGAGGCGGCGGCGCGGCUGCAGCGGCGGCGGGAGCGGCUGCAGCGGCUGCUGGGCGAGGAGCAGGAGGCGCUGGCGGCGGAGCUGCGGGAGCGGCGGCGGGGCGGGGUGCGGAGCCAGGAGCUGCGGGACGGCCCCGGACAGUGCGGGAGGAAGUUUGCUGAGCCGCUGCUGCACGAGCGCUGGAACAAAAACGCGGAGCUCCGAAAGGCAGAGUCAGAGCUGCACAGGAAGCACAUGAGAGAGGCUUGGGGUGAUCAGCUAACACAACAAAACAAGGAAGAGGUGGCCAAACUCGAAGAGAAGAGUCAUGAAACGGCAGGAGGGGAAGUGCUGGAAAGAACGAGACAAGAGGAAGAGAAGCAUCAGCUGGAGAAGCAGCAAGCAGAGACAUUGCUUCAGCAGAUAGAAGAACUGAAAUUGCAGGAGACAAAGGCAACAAAACUGAAAAAGGAACAAGAGAAUUUAUUAAAGCAGCAGUGGGAGCUGGAGAAUUUGGAAGAAGAAAGGAAAAAAAUGGAAGAGCACCGUAGGAAGAAAGAGCUUGGUCGCUUUUUGAAGCAUCAGUGUGACGUCCAGUUAAGGAGACGAGCACAGCAGAUACAGGAGGAGCUGGAGACAGACAGGCAAAUCUUAUCAGCCCUCCUGGAGAAAGAAGACGAGGAUCAGCGCUGGCAGAUCUCGCGGCGGGAACGGGCGGUGGCAGAUGUGGCCUGGAUGAAGAGGGUCAUAGAGGAACAGCUCCAGCUGGAAAGGGAGAGGGAAGCAGAGCUCGAGACUAUCUUCAGGGAAGAAGCAAAAAAAAUAUGGGAGAAGAGGGAAGAAGAAUGGGAAAGAGAGAAGGUGGCCAGAGAUCGCCUGAUGAGUGAGGUCCUUGCGGGCAGACAGCGCCAGAUCCAAGAGAAGAUGGAGUUAAACAGACAGGCCCAAGCAGAGUCCAUCAAGUAUCGAGAGCAGCUGAUCAAAGAACUCGAGGAGGUGAAGGAAAGGACUCAUUGGGAGAAGGAGCAGGAGGAGGAACAGCAGAGAGCCUGCAGGAGGGAGCUGCAGGCACAGGGGACAGAGCACAGCUGGAGAGAGGAGGAGGAACAGCAGCAGGGAUGGGAGCAGCUGCACCUGGAGGAGCUGGAGCAGCAGGAGGGUGAGCAGGGCUAGCACAGCAAGUUCCACAGUUACCCAAGAGCAGCUUGGACCUGAGGAAUGAGCAUGAGAUGCAGCUCCAGACUACAGAAAGAAAACUCUGAGGACUCAAGGAACUCCUGAAAUAAUGGUGCCUCUGGAAUAGCCUACAGUGAGAUCAAAACUUGACUCAGUAGAUUUCUGAAAACAUUUAGUUGUGGCCAAGCUGAAGAGGAGAAAAGUUCUACUCUCUUCAGGAAUGUGGAAGUGUGAGCACCUUCAGAGGAGUGAACUGCUUCACUUUGCAUUCUGGAAUUGUGCUCAUGUAUUUUAGCAUGAGAGGCUGAAGCAACCCAGCAAAUAAAAGGGCCCUGUAGACCUGAGCCAUAAAAGAAUCUGUGUCUCCCCAGGAACAGGAGCUGUGAAACACUACAGGCUGUGUCAGACUCCCACCUUGGAGAAUCAGGCUGUGCCUGUGUUCCCAUUGGACACUGAGGAGUUAAUUCAUAAUGCACAUUGCAAAUCAGUCGUGUGCUGUGGCAGCAGUGCUUGUCCAGUUCCUCCCCAGAAGGUGCUGGAGACUUCAUUAAAUGUUGUUUUUCACUUGUUUUAUAAAUUAUGAAUAAUUGA